GAACUCAACAAUCUAUCUUUCCUAGAAUGGAUAAACCAAGGCAGACAUGAUUCUCUGAUCAUCCAUCUCUUCUUCCCACCUUCCCAUGGCGCCAACUCUCUCUUCAAAUUCCUUUCUCCUCACCACCACCAUUCCUCCUUCCAGAACCGCCCUCUCCACUCACAGUCACCGCCCUCCCACUAUCUUCGCCAAGAAGUCCGAUGACGAAACCCCCUUCCGCUUCGAUUUUGAUUUCAGCAAGCUUCCCGACGUCACCUCGUUAGUCCCCGUGGUCUCCAAUCCAUCCUCGCGGCUCUCAUUCCGCCGCAAGGAGCCCGGCACUGUGUUCGUCGCCGGGGCCACGGGGCAGGCCGGGAUCCGCAUUGCCCAGACGCUCCUCCGCCAAGGCUUCAGCGUCCGGGCAGGCGUCCCCGACCUCGCUGCUGCCCAGGAGCUCGCCCUUCUCGCUGCCCAGUAUAAGAUAAUUUCUGCUGAGGAAUCAAAGAGGCUGAACGCGGUUGCUUCAGCCUUCGACGACGCAGAAUCAAUCGCCAAAGCCAUCGGCAGUGCUAGCAAAGUGGUGGUGACCAUCGGCGCAGGGGAGAACGGCCCGAGUGCCCAAGUGAGCACACUGGAUGCCCUGUUAGUGGUCGAGGCUGCUAAGCUAGCAAAUGUUGGGCAUGUGGCGAUUGUCUACGACGAGGCCCCCGGGAUCUCGUCCACCUACAACGUUCUAGACGGCAUCACUUCCUUCUUCAGCAACCUAUUUGCCAAAUCUCAGCCCUUAACCAUCACUGAGUUUCUGCAGAGUGUGGUGAAAGCCGAUGUCGCCUACACUCUCAUAAAGACCAAGCUGACCGAGGACUUUUCGCCUGAGAGUUCUUACAACCUUGUCGUCUCUGGUGAGGGGAGCGCUGCCGCUGCUGCUGCCAACGACUACAAAGUUGCAAGAUCACAGAUAGCUUCACUGGUGGCUGAUGUCUUCUCCAAUACAGAAAUUGCAGAAAACAAGGUUGUGGAGGUCUCUACUGAUCCAUCCGCGCCAUCAAAGGCUGUAUACGAACUUCUGAGUGCCAUCCCAGAGGAUGGGAGAAGAAAGGCUUAUGCAGAAGCCCUUGCAAAGGAGGAGGCAGAGGAAGAAGCGCUGAGAGCAACAGAAGAAGCUCGGAAAAGUGCUGAACCAGCGAAGAAGGCUGAGCAAGAGGAGGAAGACCUAGCUGCCAGUCUAUCAGAAGCUCAGAAGAAGGCGGGAGAGUCGGUUGAGAGCUUCUUGAACACGGCCAAAGGCUUCAGCUCGGGCAUAAACUGGGAUAACUUGAGCUCACAGCUUAAAUCGGCUGUUCAGAAGAAUGAGGAAGCGGACGAGCCUAAAGUGCAGGUUGCAACGGUGAGGGGGCAGGCCAAGGCGCGUUCCCUGCCUUCUCUCAAGGCAGUGGUGAAGAAGCCUGCCCGGACACCUCCAGUUUCCAAGGCCAAGGAUGUCCCGAAACCUAAGGCGAAAGCGCCUGAGCCCAGCAAGGAGACGCGGAAGGUUUUUGGUGGUUUGUUCAAGCAGGAAACCAUCUACAUUGAUGAUGACUAGAGCACGAAUUGCAAUGCUGCAUCGUCUUUGCCUCGUAUAGGUGAUCGAUUCUUUUCGUAUUUGAGACGGUGGUGUGUUACCUUCCUCCUGACUCAUGCUUCUGUGAAUUUUUGCUGUUGUAAUGAUGUGUAAGCUGUGCAUAACCAUAAACUCCCUUGAGCACAUAAUUUAGCUAAAGUAAAUGUAUUUCAAGUU